UCUAGUCACAGUGUGACGCUUCGGCAGUUCGCAUGUUUCUACUUCCAGCUUUGAGGACCACGUAGUUAUCAAACAAAAUUGCUUGCAAUCCUGAAAUGGAGAAGGCACAACAACAACACAAAGAGGAAUUCUCAUUCUCAACGGAGGUUUCUCAGUUGGACGAGGCUAUCAAGCUCUUGGAUUCUUCUCUUUCUCUUAUCAAAUGGCGCCUCAAACCUUCAGCAAGAACUCGACUUCAUAUGGAUGUUCUUGCAUUAUGCACUGGAAUGAGACCAGUUAUAAUGGUAGACUAUGGGGGAAAGAUGCCUGAACUGCAAGAACGACUAUGUGCACUUCUCAAACUUUGUCAAAAGGAGUCUAGCAUUUUUGAACAUUUGAGAGUAAUGAUCAUAGAAGAUAUGAUAUAUUUGGUACACAUAAGAGGACUCGCUGAGCAUGUUCAGUCAAGCUUGAACUCAGAAUUACAGCUGCUAUUUGUGGACCUUGAACAAGAUCCUCUAAAGAUGAUAACUCAGCCUGAAAACAACCCUUUAGUGAUGCAGUUUCUAUCAGUUCAGAAGCUGUUCUCUGUGAUAUUUCCUAUGGACGGAAUUAAGAAUUAUUUCUCGUCAUGUCCCAGGACAGAUGAAGUGCUCGAUGUUAAUUCUCUUGUUAUGACUUUGCAAUCUUCAUAUUUUAUUGAUCUUAGUAGUUGCCUGCAAGAUACCCAGGUCACUGUGCCAACUUUAAAUGGAUGGCUUCUUGGGUAUCCAAUCGUAUAUGCAUUUGGCAAGGAGCAUAGUUCGGAGGCUAUUCGUAACCUCUCCACCAAGUCUCUUCGUAUUUUCAGAAUAUCUAUUAGUAGGAAUAGUUCAUCCACUAGGGGAUCUCAGAUGGAGGAAUUGUUGAGUUUCUCAGUGCCUUAUGGUUUAAGCAUGGGUGGGAGCAAUGAACAAUGGGCAAAAGCAUAUUUGGCUCAUAUGCAGAUGAAGUGGGAAAGGUGCAAGCAAGCUUGGAGGUCUCUGCAGAUGGAUGUGAGUGAAUGCAAGCCACAAGCCAUUGUGUUGUAAUUGCAUCUUCUUUUUAACAGAUAAAGAUUGAAAUCUAAAGAAACAAUAUAAUAGUUGUAGAAGUUUCUCCUUAACACCUCUCAAUUGAGAAUUUUAUUUUAAUAAUCUUUGGGAAUAUUAUAAAAUUCUUCAGGUUCAUCUCC